CUGGACAUGAGGAGGAAUUUCUUCACCAUCAGUGGGGAGGCCCUGGAAGCGGUGGCUGCCCCAUCCCUGGAGCUGCUCCAGUCCAGGUUGGAUGGGCUUUGGACAGCCUGAUCCGGUGGAAGAUCCACCUUAAGAAACCUGUCCCUCCCCGCCACCUUCACACCCUCUUCUCGCUCCGCUUCCCUUUGGAGAAGAUUUUUCUGUCACUCGGGUUUCCUGUUUGCAAUCCUCGCUGAGCCCCGGGCGGACAUCGGCCAAGGGGACGUUGGCCAACCCCAACUCAUCCCACCAACUCCCGCUGGAACCGAGGUUCCGAGAAACACCAGGAAUUGCCCCUAAAAGGCCUUUUUUUCCAGCUCUUCUCCACAGAAGCUCUUCUCCUUCCCACUGGGAGGUUCCUCAGGAGCCCUUUGGGAGGGGGAACGCAAAGAGUUUUUCCUCUUCGGAGCAAAAGGAGCUUCCAGGGAAACGCUGAGACUUCGAGGAAAACUUUGGCAUCGCCGAGAUUUACCGGAAUAAAUCGCGGGGUGACCCCGGUGGCCCCAAGAUCCUCCCAUGGAGCAGGAUACGACCAACUCAGCGAGGGCUACUGGGAAUGAGGGGUUGGUGGCCACCUUGAACGGGGGCAACGUGGAGGACCUCUACGAGCUGCUGGAGAAGCUGGGGAGCGGCCACUUUGGUGUGGUGAAGCGAUGCCGGGAGCGCAGCACCGGAACCUUCUACGCCGCCAAGUUUGUGAAGACCCAACGCUGCCGAGGCAGCCGCUUGGGCUUGGAGAAGACACAGGUGGAGCGAGAAGUCGCCGUCCUCCGCCAACUCGACCACCCCAAUAUCAUGCGGCUCCACGACCUCUUCACCAGCAGAACUGAGACAGUGCUCAUCCUCGAGCUGAUCGGCGGUGGGGAGCUCUUUGACUUCAUCGCGGAGAAGGAGAUGCUGACGGAAGAGGAGGCCAUUGAGUUCCUGGGGCAGAUCCUGCGCGGAGUCGAGUACAUGCACGCCCACCACAUCGCCCACUUCGACCUCAAGCCCGAGAACAUCAUGCUGCAGGAGAAGGACAUCCCCAAACCCCAGAUCAAGAUCAUCGACUUCGGGCUGGCCCAGCGCCUGGAGGACGGCGUCACCUUCAAGAGCCUUUGUGGGACCCCACAAUACAUUGCUCCUGAAGUGAUCAACUAUGAGCCGCUGAGCGCCGCCACCGACAUGUGGAGCAUCGGGGUCAUCACCUACAUCCUGCUCAGCGGAUUGUCCCCCUUCCAGGGGGAGACGGAUGCUGAGACCCUCUCCAACAUCGUGGAUGGCACCUAUGAGUUUGAGGAGCGCUGCUUCAGCCAGACCUCGGACAUGGCCAAGGACUUCAUCCGGCAGCUGCUAGUGAAGGACCCAGCACACCGCCUGACGGCCACGGAGUGCCUGGUCCAUCCGUGGAUUAAGCCCCUGAGCCGGAAGCAGGAGGUGAAACGGAGCCGUUCCUCCAUCAACAUGAAGAACUUCCGCAGAUUCAACGCUCGGAGGAAGUGGAAGCUCUCCUACAACAUGGUGUCCGCCUGCCACCGGCUCUGCCGCACGCGGCUGCUCUGUGGCCUCAGGAAGGAGGACGAGGAGCUGCGCCCCUGUGAGAGCGACCAGGAGGAGGAGAGCAGCCACCCCGAGAGGCUCCUGCGCCGGCGGAGAAGCAGCUGCUCCUGAGCCCCCCGAGAGGAGAUGAUGGGACCCCCAAGAGGAGAUGGGACCCCAAAAAGGACAUAGGACCUCCCAAAAGGAGAUGGGACCACCAAGAGCACACAAGAGGACACAGGACUCUCCAAGAGGAGAUGGGACCCCAAAAAGGACAUAGGAGCCCCCUCAAGAGGAGAUGGGACCCCAAAAAGGACAUAGGAGCCCCCCCAAGAGGAGAUGAGACCCCAAAGAGGACACAGGAGGACAUGGGACCUCCCCAAGAGGAGAUGAGACCCCCAAAAGGACACAGGAGCCCCUCAAGAGGAGAUGGAAACCCACCUUCAAGAGGGACCAUCUCAGUAGAGGAGCUCUGGGGGUCCCCCUAUC